GUAAUAAUAUCCUUCAUGCCUUAUUUGAAGUGUGGGGUGUGUAGAUAGAAUAUAAAUAUUCGUUCGUUUGUCGGAACUUGUACAUAAUUGAAAGUAUAGUCACCAAACAUGACAGACUUUGAAAAAUCUAACGAUGUUAAAAUAGAUAUCAUCCUGGAAGAAGAGGAUACCACCACCCUUAGUGAAGCUCACAAACAAUACCUUAUAGCCAAACACGGACGGUAUGACCUCGUUCCCUUACCGUCGAUGAAUGAUGAUGACCCAUUAAACUGGUCACCUUGGUUUAAACAUUUACAAUUAGGUAUGGUUGCUACCCAUGGGUUCUUUGGAACAUUUUUUGCAUCGGGUUUGGUGCCCCUGUUUGGAAAAUUAAGUGAAGAGCUUGAAUUACCCACCAGUCAGAUUGCAUACUUGACCUCAGCACAAAUUGUCAUCUUGGGGUUCUUCCCCUUGGUGUGGGUGCCUUUAAUGAACAAAUACGGAAAGAGGAAGUUGUUGAUUUUGUCGGUAGUGGGAUCGAUGUGUUUUAAUUUAGGAUGUGUGUUUAGCAAAACUUAUGGUACGCUUAUGGCCAUGAGAUGUCUUGUUGCAUUCUUCAUAUCUCCUGGUUUAGCCGUGGGUGGAUCCAUCGUUCAUGAAACUACAUUCAGUCACCAAAGAGGGUCACGAAGUGGUGUGUGGGCAUUAAUGGUAAAUUUAGGAACCAUGGCCGGGGCAUUAUUCAUGGGAUUCGUGGCCCAAUAUCAAGAUGUGAAAUAUGUGUUUGUGGUGUUCACGGUGAUGAAUUUUGUUCAGAUUUUCUUCUAUGUGUUCUUGGGAAAGGAAACCUUAUACAAUUAUGAGGACUUGUCUCGGAAUGAACCCAACAGAUUUAAGCAGCUUACUAGUUUCUCAGCGAUCAUCCCCGAGCGUAAGUUCAACUUUCCUACUGUUGCUGCUCCAUUUAAGUUGUUUGGUAAUUGGCGAGUAUUCAUUGCUGCAUUGGCAUAUGGAGUCUGUUUUAUGCAUGACAAUAUCGCCACCAAUGUCGAGAUUCCUCAAGUUAUGUAUAUCAAAUUCCAACUUGGUCCACAAGCGCUUGGGUUGCAAUUUCUUUCAUUCAUUGUCGGGUCACUUAUUGGUGAAGUUGGUGGCUGGUUAAGUGAUAAAUGGGUACAAUGGGGUAGGAAAAACAACUGUGGGAAUUCAUUCCGGAUAUGGAUCACUUAUCCCGGAUUUAUUACUUCGAUUAUUGGUAUAGUUGAAUUUGGGGUCCAGAUUGAUCGUGCUGAACACAAGUGGAACAUCACUCCAUUAAUUGGGUUGGCAAUCUCCGCAUUCGGGUUCCAAAUCUUGACCUCGCCCUUGAUUGCAUAUUCCAUGGAUACUACUCCUACAAGAGCCAGUGAGGUUGCCUUGUUUAUGACGAUGAUGAGACAAACUUUAGGGUUUAUCGGACCAUUCUACUACCCUAUAAUGUUUGAAAAUAUGGGGUUUACUAGAGCGUAUGGGUUGAUGGCCGGGUUAAUGGCUGCAUUGGCAUUUAUUCCGGUAUUAUUUAUGCAUUUAUAUGAGGCACGUAAAGGUAGAUAGAAUCUCUAUUAACUAUAUAUAUAUAGGUUUAAUGCAAUGUAUUUACACUAGUUGUUUGCUUGUAAAUCACAACCAAAUCGACUUAAUGGCCAAACGACCAUAAUGACUUUCCCUACGAGUAAACCCUGACUAAUACAUCCAAACUUGUUUGAAUCAACCGAAUGGGCCAAGUUGUCUCCUUCGACCCAGAGAUGGCUUCUAGGAACGAUUACUUCUCGUUUAGGAUAGGUAUCUCUGGGUUUUAUGGUAUCACCUUGCAUACCGACAAUUCGUUUCGUUAACAACUUUUCGGGGUCUUCUGGGGAUCGAAACAUGAUUAUAUCGCCACGGUCUACCGAUGUGGGUUUUCGCAAGUUGUAUUUGCGUACAAGGACUAUGUCAUUGGUGGUGGUGGUUGUUCCCGGAUUGAAUGUCGGUGUCAUUGAUAUUCCCCGGAUUUGGUAUGGUUGAUAGAAAUGUUUGUUGAUGUAGUGGAGAACAGGGACCCAUGUAAGUGCUAGAAGCGUAUUUCGUACCGGUGGGGAGAGGGCCAUGUUGUACAAACUGCUGCUUUUGAUAUGUAACGGAAUUGAAUCAAAUGUUGAAGGUUAUUUUUUUUUUCCCCCACUCAGGGUUAAGGUCAAACGGAAAGACUAAAGCUAAAGAUGAAAAUAGAUUAUGAUGAUGGUGAUUUAAAUUACAUUUAAUAUGAGAAAUGUCGUU